UGCUGGAGGAGAGAUAAGAGCGGGAGGAGAGGAGAGAGAGCGAGAGAGAGCAUGGAUCAUUGCCGUGUGUGGAUCUUGCUCCUGUCCCUUCCUCUCUCCUGUCACAGUGCGUCUUCACAUGCUGAAGAGUGCCGGACCGCCAUGCCUGCAGACGUCGUGUUCUUGGUAGACGAGUCAUGGUCAGUGGGUCCUUCCAGUUUCCGGCAGAUUAAAGAGUUCAUCUCUGAAAUCAUUAGAUCCUUCCAGAACAGUGUGAUUGGACCCGAGGGAGUUCGAUUCGGAGUUACCGUCUACGGAGACAUCCCCAGGAUGCGGAUUGCUCUGACAGACUACUCCACCCUGGAGGAGGUGUUAAAUGCAGUGGAGGAGCUGCCGUAUGAGGGCGGAGGUAGCCGCACUGGCCUGGCUCUCGAGUUCCUCGUAGAGUCUGUCUUCAGCUCAUCCAUCGUCCGGGACAACACUCCAAAGAUUGCGGUUCUGAUUACUACUGGCAGAUCAGAUGAUCUGAUCGAUGGGCCAGUUAAAGCUGUGGCUGACAGUGGAAUCUCUCUCUUUGCAGUCGGUGUGAGGAAUGCUGAUCCGGAUGAGCUGAGGAGGAUGGUGAGUGAACCUCCUGAAGAGCACCUGAUGCUCAGCCCUGAUUCUUCCUUCUUAGAGCACCUGCUGCCCAAGCUCUCCCGCAGAGUGUGUUUCACUGCAUCCGAACCACCUCGUCCCGUCAAACACAGCCCACCAGUGGUGGAGAAGGUGGUAGGCCCCAGAGACCUGCAGGUGAGUGAGUUGAGCUACAGCUCUCUGCAGCUCUCUUGGAGUGUGGCCACUGGAGACGUGACAGGCUACAGACUGCUGAUCGCCCCUGUGUCCCCGAAGGGCCAUCUGCUCCCAGCUCAGCACAGACAGAUUGACCUGAAGGGAGAUGUGAGAAAUACAAAGGUAACAAGUUUGACGCCAAAGACUGAAUAUUCCCUCACUGUCUACGCCGUCUACCCUGGACUCAUCGGAGAGUCCUCCUCCAUCAUCGUAGAGACGACUCCUGUGCCGCCAGUAGCAAACUUCCGUGUAAUCGAGGAGGGGCUGUUCUCUCUGCGUCUGGGCUGGACUUCUCCACUUGGUCAAGUUGAAACUUACAAAAUCUACAUCCCAAGAUCGGAGAGACCUGGGCUGACCUACGAGCAGGUGCUGCAGGGCGACGCCUCCUCUCACGUGAUUGACAGCUUGGAGGAAGAUAAGACAUACACAGUCAGCAUUUAUGCCAUUUACCCCGAGGGACCCAGCGAGCCUGUGUCUGUUGUUGGGAGAACAUUGAAACUGGUUCCUGUUCAGCAGCUGCUGGUGCAGAAUGCCACCACAGACACAGUGCAGGCUCGCUGGCUCUCAGUGAGAGGAGCAUCGGGGUACAGAAUCACUUGGGCCUCUUCAGAGGGCCACAUAGAGAGCGUCAACCUGGGAGAGAACUAUAACUUUUACAUGGUACAGGGGCUUCAUCCUGGCACAGAGUACACGGUCACUAUCAACCCCAUCUUUGUGGACAUUGAAGGGCCUGUCACCUCUGCCAAGGCAAAGACACUGGAGAGCAGUGCAGUGCAGACCCUGAGGGCCACUGCUGUGAGCACCAGCAGUGCUGUAACCUCAUGGAAUGCUGUUCCUGGAGCCACAGGGUAUAGACUGGCUUGGGGUCCAACAGCAGAAUUUGUUGGAAGGGACCGUCCCAGGCAGCUGGCUCUGAACAGCAGCACCACUGAGUAUGUACUGAAAAACCUGGUCUAUGACACGGAGUAUGUGAUCUCCCUCUAUGUGCUCUUCGGCUCUGUGGUGGGACCUGGCAUUACUGCAACCUUCAGGACCUCUCCCCUCGGCUAUGUGUCUAAUUUCAAGGUGACAUCCUACACCAGUUCCUCUAUCAACGUGGAGUGGAGCCCCAUCGUAGGAGCCACGGAAUACAAACUGACCUGGAGCUCAGAGGGAGUAAGUCCACACCACCAUUAUCUGGACCACAGUGUUUUACAGCACAGCAUUACUCGUCUCCAGCCCAACAGGCUUCACUUCAUCAGCAUCCACGCCCUCUACGGCAAUACAGAGGGGCCGGAAAUCUCUCUCUCGCAACAGACAGCUGCCUUGACUGAUUCAGAGCAGAUUGAGACAGUGAGGGAAGUGAAAGUGGUCGAUAUUGGCAUGAACUCUUUCACCCUGGCUUGGAGGAAAACACCUGGGGUUACUGGCUACAAAGUCACCUGGAGCCCUUUUCAUGGAGGAGAAGAGAAAAGUGAGAUGGUUUCCUCAUCCAUCACGUCUUACACCAUCACUGGACUGCCAGCCAGCUCUGCCUACAAGAUCCAGGUCACGUCAGUGGUGGGGCUGCGAGAAGGCAGUUCUGCUACAGUGACAGCGCGGACCUUGGACCUGCCUAAAGUGACCGGUUUCAGUGCUCUGAACACGACUGAUGACAGCACUACACUGAACUGGACCAGCGUUACAGGAGUUUCAGCGUACCUUCUCUCCUGGAGGCAUAUAUCAGAGCUCGAGACUACCACUGACAUACUGGGCCCUGGUUUCACCUCGUAUAAGAUCAGAGAUCUGCAGUAUGGAAGAACUUACAUCUUCACCAUUCGGCCGCUGUAUGGAGAGGUGGAGGGCCCCGUGACAACCAUCACCAAAAGGAUAUUGGGGUCUUCCCGUCUCGUUCCUGUCCAGGCCGCCACGCUGGGCCCUGUUCCAGCCCACACCAUCACUACAUCUCACAGUGGUUCAGCUAGGAAGCCCGCUGGAAAGGAAACUAGCAAGUCCACCACCACUACUCUGAGGCCUGCUGCCAAACUUGACAUGACCAUCACUAAAACGGCACAAGCUUUAACCCUGCUGACCACCACAGUGAACGACCAAAGCACUCUCUCUGUAGAGACUCCUCCACCAGGGCCAGUUUGUGGCAGGAUGAAAGCAGACAUUGUUUUUCUGGUGGACGAGUCCUGGAGCAUCGGCACCAAUAACUUUGGCAAGCUGAAAGAUUUCCUAUUUAGGGUUGUGACUUAUUUCCCAUCAAUCGGACCUCAGGGCACACAGAUAGCUGUGGUUCACUACAGUGAUCAGCCCAGGAUAGAAUUCAACUUGAACACCCAUAAAGACCGCAGCUCUGUGCUGAGAGCUCUCAGAGAAGUCCGCUAUGGAGGAGGGAACACCAAAACAGGUCGGGGGAUCAGCUAUGUGCUGAGGGAGCUGUUUCAGGAGUCCCUGGGAAUGAGGCAGAAUGUUCCUCAUGUGUUGGUGCUGGUGACAGAUGGGAGAGCCCAGGACGAUGUGGAGCCGCCCUCCAGGAUAGCACAUAUUCUGGGUGUCAGUGUGCUGGCCAUUGGAGUAGCACACGCUGACAUUGAUGAACUAAGGAAAAUCGCCUCGCCAAAGACCUACAAGAACAUUUUCUACGCUACUGACUUCAGUGACUUCCCCUCCAUCGAGAGAGAGUUUAUCAGCAGUCUCUGUAAUGAGGCUUUGCUCUCGGAGUUCAAACAGCACGAAGAGUCCGCCCAGCUGGACACACCCACAGGUGAUCCAGAGGCUCUCGCCAAACCUGAGGGUCCAUGUCCAAUCCAGUGCAAGGGCCAAAAAGGAGAGAAGGGGGACGGCUUUGGACACGGUGGCCUGCGCCCGAAGCUCGGCGGAGAUGCUUUCGAUCCAUUCACCUUAAAGAUCAAAGGGGAGAAAGGAGAGAGGGGUCUUCCUGGGACGGACGGCAUACCGGGGUUACCAGGGCGCCCGGGUCGAACUGGACCUCCUGGUUCUGCUGGACUAAGGGGUCCUCCUGGUGUCGCGGGGGAAAUGGGUCCAACUGGCAUUCCCGGACAAAAAGGCCAGCGGGGGGAGCGAGGAGAGCCUGGAUAUUCACUUGGAGGCAUGGAAGCUCUUCCUGGACGUAAAGGAGAACCAGGAUCUAAUGGUCCCCAAGGAGCUCCUGGGUUACCAGGAGUCGCAGGGCCUCCAGGGCUCCCUGGGCAGCCUGGAGCACCAGGCUCUUCUGGCAUUUCUAUAAAGGGUGAGACUGGAGAGCCCGGUCUUAGAGGUCCACGUGGAAAACAAGGACCUAAAGGAGAAAAAGGGCAAGAUGGACAGAUUGGUCAAGCAGGCUUACCUGGCCCAGUAGGAGUGGAUGGAACCCCUGGACUGCCUGGUCAGAAAGGAGAAAAAGGGGAAGAGGGAGUUGGAAUUCCAGGUGUCCAGGGUUUACGUGGAGCUCCUGGAGAAAAGGGAAAUAUGGGACCUUCAGGUCCUGUUGGUCCAAAGGGUGAGCAAGGAAUUCAAGGAGCGCUAGGACCUGUUGGACCCAGGGGGAAAAGGGGGUUGAAAGGAGAGCAAGGAGACAAGGGUCAUCGUGGGGAUACAGGGCCUGUGGGGCCUCAGGGAAUAGCAGGCGUGCCUGGAGCUGUUGGGCCGAAGGGUGAUGAGGGACAGCGUGGGGCACCAGGGGAUCCAGCUAAAGGGGUGCUUGGGCCCCCUGGGAAAAAGGGUGCUAGGGGGGAUGUUGGACCAGUUGGACCUCCCGGACCUCAGGGAGUUAAAGGGGACCAAGGAGACAAAGGUGACAAGGGCAGCCCUGGCUUUGGUAUUCCUGGACAGCCAGGUCCUAAGGGUGAGAGCGGUGAGAGGGGCAAUGUGGGGUUAUCAGGGAAACCUGGGCCUAAAGGCAUUGAUGGUUUUAAGGGGGAAAAAGGUGAAAUUGGUCUCCCAGGCAACUCAGGAGCUCCUGGACUAAGAGGUAAAGAUGGUUUGCCAGGAUCAAAAGGAGAUCCAGGAGCAAGGGGUGACCCAGGUUCUCCAGGCGAGCUUGGCGAGAAAGGCAUCCGGGGCUCUCUUGGUCUCCCUGGACGCCCGGGAGACCGUGGUGAAAAAGGUGAUCCUGGAAAAAUCGGGUUACCGGGCCCUGAAGGACCGAAAGGAGAGAAAGGCGAGCCAGGAAAACCUGGCCCACCUGGACAUUCUCAGUUCUCUGUGUCAGAGAAUAACGUCCUUACCAGAGCCAUCAAGGGUGAACUGGGUGAGCCUGGACUCCCAGGCCUCAGAGGAGAGACAGGACUUCCAGGCCCACCGGGGCCACCAGGGAAACCAGGACCACCUGGGAAUUCCUUGGGACAAUCUGACGCAGGAAAAGAUGGUGUGGAUGGUUUACCAGGACUGCCCGGAGCAAAAGGUGAAGCAGGGAAGAAAGGAGAGCCAGGAGCUAAAGGAGAGAAGGGAGAUCCUGGUCGAGUUGGAGUUGCUGGCAUGCCUGGUUUGCCUGGUACUCCAGGUAAACCUGGUGUGGAUGGAAAGCGCGGAAUAGCAGGAAAAGAUGGAGAACAGGGACUCAGGGGUGAUGAUGGCAAAAAGGGUGAAAAGGGGGAGCCUGGCACUGAUGGUAAAGAUGGUGAAAAGGGAGAAAUAGGCCCUCCAGGGUUGCCAGGCCCUCCUGUUAUGCUGCAAGAGGGUGCUUCAAUAGAUGAAAUAAGAAAAGCUUUUCCAAUACCAAUGGGUCCCCCUGGAGCAACAGGUCCCCCUGGAAUGAAGGGAGAAAAAGGAGACCAAGGCUCAAGAGGAGAGAAGGGCGAGGCCGGUGUAUCAGCGAGAUCCAUUGAAAUUAAGGACAUUGAAGAAUUAUUUGAAUCAUACGGCAUCAAGCUCUCCCUGCUGAAGGCCUUGAUCGAUAGGCUUCUCCAAGAUGGCAUGGAGGAGCUUCUGCAUGAAAUGGCCACAAAAAAAAGAAUCAAAGGGCAGAGGACGGACCCCGGCUUCAACAUCAUCACUGAAUACACUAGUUCAGCGAACUAUGGACUCUCCAGUGACCCGCAGACUGAUGAGCUCUUAAUUGAAGAAGAGGACGAUCUAAAUGAGGAGCCGCUGCCUGAGCCCUAUCUUGAUGCCCUGAAUAAAACAGAACAGGACCCCACCGCCUGGAACAUCUCCGCCAUAGACAGAAAGACAGAGCUGAACAGAACGGUGAGCAGAAUGGCAGUGAAGGAGGAAGGAGAGACUGUGGUGGAAAGUCUUGCAUCUUCUAACGUCACACAGACCAACACCUCCUCAGAAAGGCAGGCUGGCUCAGUAAAGGCAGAGGUAAGUAUGGAGUCAGUGCUCCACAGUCAGGAGGACACGGGGAAGAAGACCUCUGGAGAGAAGAAGAAGGGGCGAGAGAGGGGAAAGGGAAAAGGGAAUAAAGGACGACAUAAACGGCAAAGGAAACGAGUGGAAGAUCAAGCCUCUGAGGAGGAGGAGAUGGAGGAGGACAUUUAUGAUGAUGAAGUGUAUAACUAUGAAUAUGAGGAUAAGCUGGAUGCAGAGGAAACUGAAAAUUCCCAAGAUGAGGAGAAAGACAGGAUCCAAACAACAACAGAACGCUCUCUGCUGUCUCCACAAAUCAAAUACACAACAGCAGCUCCCCCUCAUACACAGGAAAUCACGGGGGUCUACAGAAGCACAGAGGGUCCCUUAUCCACACCCACACCAGGGGUCACAGAGCAGUACAGUGAGACCACAUCACCCUCAACUCUCAAUACAACACAGGCCCAGGAAGAGGCGUUGGUCUAGACUCAGUUAGAGGGACACUCAAGCUCUGGCAACGCAUGUGCCCUUCCUGAGAGGGGCCUGUAGAAACUGUGAAGUGUUAAAGCUGGGGAGGAUCUGACUGACCAGCAUUACUUGGGGAGGGACUCCUUUUCCAUCGCACAAUGACGAUGUCUCGGGCCACAUUCAUCGUGCCCAGGGGCGCCUGAUAAGAGUGCAGAGUUUCUGACACUUUACCACUAGCGUUUCACGUGAUAUGCUGCAGGUUUAUUUAUUUGCUGUGCCACAUGCUCAUGAGUGCUCAUGCAUUAAUUCAAGUCAUGUCAAACGUAUUCAUUCAUGAUUAUGACUGCAUAUAUUUUUUUCACCACUGCUUUAUUUAUUGAAAGGAUGUUUUUACUUUGUUUUCUGUGUUAUAUUAUAUAUAUAGUUACAGUAAAAGUAAUGAAAGCACAUGUAUUCUUUCCCAUGGACGGUAUUCUGUUCCCAUGUUUUCACUGGUGAAAUUCAAUGAUAUGGUUACUUUUCUCUUUUGUGUUUAAUCCUCUGUGGUGCAUGUGUGUCAGUAAAUUUGCUCAAGUGCAACACUAAA